AUGGGAAGCAUCGUGAAAAAAUGGGACCUGGUGAAGCCCAAAAUGUUACUCACCCUUAAGUGGACUGAAAAAUAUUUUCACCACCUUAGCCUGAGCAAUGAGUUGAAAUAUAAAAAUGUAGAAACUCCCCAAAGGUGCUACAUGUUUAACCAAAUGAGGGGGAAGAAGAAUCGGAAAAAAAGAGAGAGAGCAAACUUAAAUGAUGAGCAGAAGAAAACAAAAUUGAAAGUCCCUCCUGUGAGGUUGGAGGACAGGACAACGGUGUGCGAGCCUCCAAAUGUUAUUAGCAAAAAUAUUAAAAAGGAAAUUAUGAAAGUUUGUGUUGGUAAGGAAAGAACGAGAAGACAUUUUAAAUUCAGAAACAAAUAUCAACUAAGUAAAUUGUUAGGUCUAACUCAUGAUCAGGAAAAUAUAAAAGAGAAGAAAAAAAAUCCAAGCACAUUUGUAACUCCGUUAACAAAAUUACAGCAUGAAGCGAGCUUACCAAGGACAAUGCACCAUGAUAGAUUUAGUUUUCCUCACUCCUUUCAAUAUUCGGUAAUAUGGCAUGGGUCUUCUAUUGUGGACCACGAGGAAAACAACAUUUGCUUUUUCAGUUCCUACAUUAGGGAUUUAUCCUUGUCUGCUCGGGAAAGGAAAAAAGUUACAGACAUUUUGGGGGAGGAACGGGUUGACCCAAAAAACGAAAUGAUCUUCCUCGAGAGCAACUUCUUCAACACGUACAACCACAAUGCUGCGUAUUUGGGGGACGUUGUCCAGUUUUUGAUGCGCCGGGUGCGCAGUUUGUGA